UAUCCUCGCGUCCUUCGCCCAUUACUUUACUUGUCAUUUUAGUUUAUAUUAUUGUGCAUUUAUUUGCAAUUUUUAAAAGUGAUGGUGACUGUAGUGCAUGUCAUUUAAAUCCCCACUGUGGAUGAAUCACAGCGUAAAUAGUUUAAAGACUUGCGAUGGCCCUUACCAACAAGUCUUUCUAAACCAAUGAUUUUUAUCAACGGAUUAUCUAAAACAUUACUCAAGCUACGGACCAUGGACCUUCUAAACUAAAAUGGAUUUUGGCUCCGCCAAAUCCAAUAGAUGUUCACCUUUGGGUGUGGAAAACAACAAUUAGGCACAGAACAAGGACCUUUGCAUUUCCCUUUUGUUAAUCUGGUGAAGAUGCCUUUAUCCAUAUCAGAUUGGCUAGAGGAACAACUUGAAAUCAGAGGAAUCGAAUCCACAUACUACAGUCGCUACAUUAUGAACCUUUUUUACGCCGAUAACAACGAAAUGUUUCAACCUGGGGACGAAUUUAUGUAUGAAGAACUUAAACCGAAUGGUAAAAAGCAAAAGCGGGGGCGUCGCGCCCGUACUCGUCUAUGGAAGCGCCACGCCGAUACCAACGCUCAGCGGAUCAAACGUUCCGCCGCUGUUGAGUGUCUAAUGUCAGCAGUUGAGCAGAAUUGCGAGGCAGAGUCUCUUAUAGACGAGCUCUGCGAGAAGUUCAAAGAGGUCAAUUCGGAAAUGGCCACCAGUUCUUCCAACGAUUUGCCCCCAGUAGCAACAGUCCGUAAACCUUUCGAAAAAAGCACUUUGAAUCCAGAAGAAAAAUACUUUCAAGCCUUCUCGCCUUUACAACUAGACUUAAACCAGGACAAUUUUUACUUUCCAAGCGGCAACUUAGUAGCCGAGAAAUGGCCUUCCAAUAAUAACAACUACGAUCCCUUUGAUUUUUUCACCACCGAAUAUUUCACAGAAUCUCCGAAAAACACUAAACUGAAACCAAAAAGGCUGUUUUCUGACAGUAUGAAGUCCAUCUACCAAACGGAUGGUAGCCCCAGAACAGGAUUUAAACGAAAUCAUUUUGGCACACAUUUAAGCAAGGAUAAUUUAGCAAACUGGGAAUUUAUUUCUAAUGAGGAUAACUACAGAAAUGUAGAGCGAUGCUUGGAUUUCAAUGGAUUUCCUGUGGAGUUUAACCAACAGGUGCAAAACGACUCACCCACCUCUCGCAUGACACUUUGGCUUAAAAACACUGACUCCGAGAAUAAUGCCCAAUGGCUUCUGGAUAAUCUUGUCAAGAGAAAUGAAACUGUAGAGGAGAAACCCAACUAUCUCUCCUUAUAUCCUGAUAGCAUUUGGUCUAACGGAAUAACCUCCGAUAAAACCGAGGAGAGAAGAUCAACUUGGCCUAACUAUAACUCGGAGGAGGAAGAAGAGGAAGAAAGCGCAAUCCGUCAAGAAUACCAACAUCGUCCCAAGCAGGCUAAACUGGAGGUAGAGAGUGCUUUAAAAGAAGAGUAUAACAGGGAGCUUGCUGGUAGAGCGGGCAAAAUUGAUACUUAUGAUGAAAUUAUUGGGGGAACCAUUUUGUCGGAUGGCAGUUUGCUUAGUCCCAGUCAAAUUCAAAAAGAUAUUUAUGAUUUUGGAUUGCUUUCUCCUGGGACCGAGUUUGAAAAGCGGCAAGAUAAUCAAAUUUCCUUAUUUUCAAACAACUCCAAUAAACGGGUGGAAAACUGGGAAAACGUUCCAACAUUAAUGAAAUGCGUCCCGGUGAGUAAAGCAUGGUGGUUGGAACCCUUUCAAAAUCCCAUGGUUGAGGGUCUGAUUAAAGCAAAAGUUGUCAGUUUAAAGAUGGUUAAUCAUGACAAAGGAAAUAGUGCGUUUUGCGAAUACGUCCGCCCUACCAUCACCACCACAAACUGUUUCUCAACUGCCACUUUUCAACCUCCGAAACUUUCGUCGCUCCCAGUAAAUUCGGCCGGACUUGAAAAAAUGGCAGAUGCGAAACCCGAUGCCGCUCCCGAAAUGUAUUUCGAGCCCAUUAAACCCGUUGAAGACCCGAUCGUUCACGAGGAGGAUGUUGGGCUGAAGUUUGAGGAUGGAACAACUUUCGCUAUUAGAGGAAGUCCCAAUAAGGUCGAAUUUCUCAAAACGAACGAUGAUUCCUUACUGCUUCGAUCAGAAGGCGGCGAAGUGAAACGGUACCUUGAAUACAAAACGCCAAACGAUGAUUCUUUUACACAGUCCUACUUUUCCACUGAGUCAGCUAAACAAUUCACCAUUAAAUUCCCUGUACACUCUUCUAAUGAUAAAUCUUGCCAAACAGUUGAUGAGCCAGAAGAGGAAUAUAACAAUUUACUGUCAGAAGAAGUCGAGAAGUCAGUCGACCUAAAUUUGGCGCAUAUUUUCGAUGAACACCACUUGGAUACUAAAGAACGCUUCUUGGGAGAUUUUGAAAUUGGCCAUCGUAAUAUUUUUCUUACGGAAGAUGAAGUAGACCGUCCGGAUAGUUUAUGCGAACAUGACGAGAUCUCUUGGGGUCCUAUUCCUAAAAACAGCAAAAAUCGUUCCAAUUGCCGUAACAACGCAGAGGCCAACUGUGCAGACAUUUGGGAAGACGAACCCAGGAUUGAGGAAAUUUGGAAUUGGACAAUUUGGCCUUGGAGCAAGCACAAGGCAAUACCGACCACUUUUACCGAGGUUACCACAAAAUUACGGGAGGAAUGUAAAGCGGAGGCGGACAAUCUGUUCUCUGACUUGAACGUUUUCCAGUUGUCUUGUUCUGAAUUUUACGAAUUUAAAUCGGCGCUAUCGUCUAAGAUUAAGAGGGAUGGGGAUCUGGAGAUAAAACGCCGCCAUAGCUCUUCGCCAAGCAAAUGUUCCAUCUGGAAUUUGACCUCUAACUUAAAAGAGGACUGCUGCCUCAACCUUCCCACUCACCCCGGCAGGCGCUCCGUAACUUUAUAAACUAACCGAUUAUGAAAAAUAGGUAAAUCUUAACACCACAUAAUAUAGAUAGAAAACUUUUGUUUGUAAUGUAACGAGAACUAUGGCAAAACCAAUAGGAACUUGACAAAAGACGAACAAUACGUCGUUAAAAAAAUUACCUUUACAGAUAAGGAUUGUAAAUUUUUUCCUAUUGGUUUUGCACUUCCUAUAUAAUAUAUUACUGUCGUGUAAUCCUGUUUUAGGCUUUAGGGCGUUUAUUACAUUUAAAUGCCUUAUUGUUUUUUUUAAAUAGUAAAUUUUUUAAAUGAUAUUGUAACAAAUUAGGCACACGGACAGUAGUAUUUAGGUGCUUCACUGGACCGACAGAUUCGUUUGGCUCUCCACGUCUUAAACGGUCGGAGAGACGAACUGACAACUGCCACAUUAGUUUUAGUGCAGUUAAAAAUGUCCUCUCUUUUUUUUUUGGGGAGGGAGAACAGUCACGCAAGAUAAAAAUAAAAGAAGAUCUGUCUUGGUCCACACUAUACACACACAUUAUUUGCUUUUUUGCAUAUUUUUAUGGAGGAUGAGUUUUUUGGUUUUUUUUUAACGAAAUUUUAGAAAUAAAUUAUUUUGGUCCAUUUUGCAGUAAUUCGUUUUAAACAGUACUUUUUUGAAUAUAAAAAAUUAAACAUUUAUGACGGAGUAUACUUUUUCCUUCACUGAAUCGAAAUCUGAUCGCUAAAUAUCUCUAUAAUGUCAGGAUUUUAAUUAUUCUUAACUUAGACGGAGAAAAAACGCAAUUGUAGUACUAUUUUAGGAUAAUGUUUUUAAGGCAAGUUAUUUUUUCAGAAAAAGAUCACUUAGGGUUGUAAAGUACAAGUUUUCCUGUCUGAAAUGACGUUGAGUCUACUCAAAUAUCUUUUUUAAUCGCUGAGAUGAUUUUUUAAUUCGCAUAUGCCUGAUACAAAAUAUGACUUGUUUGUUAAAAAGUGACUCAAGAUAUUCCAGAUGUAUAAGAAAAUUUGUAAACUUAUAACUGCAAAAUGUCGGCGAAUGAACUAUUAGAAUUUAGCCAUAAAAGUAAUCAGGUCAUGGUUUCAUAUCCCAUCCAAUUAUUUUGUGUAUUUAUUCAUAAAUUUACUAAAAAUUAAUUUGUUUAUUCUGAUAAAAAAGGAUUCAGUUGUGCUUCACAAAUGUAGGUAUAAAAACUAUCUAAAAAAUGUUAAUCAGCUUAAAAUUGUCAUUUUCCUUGGUGCUAAUUAACUUUUGCUAAAAAUUAAUUGCCUUUGAAGUUAGUCCUUAUAAGGCGUUUCCAUGGUAAUUUCCUUUUAAAAACUUUUUUCCUCUUUAAUAUAUAUUCUUUAAUAAAACCCUUUUCAUUUAAAAUGGAAAAAUAUUUACACCUGACUACACUUUUCAGAAGGUUAUCGAUUCGAUGAAUCCAAAUAUGGUAACAAAGUGUCGUGCCAAAUAAGAUGAACGAGCAUUGGUAUAAGAAAAGAAUAGUAUUUAUUAAAAUAAUAAUGGCGAAAAGGGACUUUUAGGCCUACUUGCCGAGCUCUAGCUCUGUGACCCUUACUAUUACUGCUAUUAAAAUAUUUAGCAGUUCAAUAUUGAGAUUCUUUUUGAGAAGUAUCAAAGGACAUGAGAUGAUACAUUUCUUGUAAAGCUAAUAUUUUAUUUUAUUUUAUUUUGAGAAGAAUUUGUAGUUAUUACCUGCUUUCAUCUUUAAAAUCCUUUCAGGUACAUAAAACAGAAAGUUUCUGUAAAACAAUUUAGGCGUAAAAGUAAAAUCAUGAUCAUGGUUUCAUAUCCCAACCAAUUAUUUUAUACAUUUAUUCAUACAUUUACUACAAAUUUAUUUUGCUUGUCAUAUUUUUGAAAAUGACGACCUGUUUCUUCUAAGUCUAAGAAGGGUAAAAAUUUUAUUAUUUUUUUUUGAUACUAAUUAAUUUUUUGUUAAAACGGUAAUGUCAUAAAUAUUGACUCUUAAUAUAGAGCGUUUCCGCGGUAAUUUCUUCUUUUAAUAACUUCUCAAAUCUCAAUAUUUGGUUUAUGAAAAACUACCUUUUCCUUGGCGUUAAUUCAUUAUUUACUAAAAACCCACGGGCAGGCAUCGAAAAUGACUUUUAAGAUCAAAUUUCUCCAGUAGUCGUUUUCUUUUUAGUAGUUAUUUAGUAUCAAUUUUUUGGUAACUGUUUUUAAGAAAAAAACUACUAAUUUCCUUAAAAAUUUUCACUGAAAAAUUAAAGGCAGUGAAAGUUAUUGUCCAUUAGUCUUUUUUUUAUUAUAACUUUUCUAUUUCAGUAGAGUUGUGGAACCGUAAACCUUCUCAACUAACUUUCUUUUUGCUUUUGAGGCUUUGUCUCAUUUUUUUAAUUUGCGAUUGCUAACAAUCUUUAUAAAUAUAACUAGUUCUACACUCAUGAUUUUUUUAUGGCAGUAAACUGUUCUUUAUCUUUCUACAAGAAACAAGUUUAUCUAAGGAUUACGUUGUCUAUCAAUAUCUUCAACAACAAAUCUCAUGAAAAUUCAUCAGUUUUGCAAAAAAACAAAUAAUAAUGAAUGUAACCAUUAGUUUUGCCAAGUGCAACUCAACCCACGAAUUUUUAUGUGGUGGUAAAGUGUGUAAAAUCUAUGGCGUUAAAAAAAAAUAAAAACUCAUCCCCCUUAUAAUUAUGCAAAUCCCGCGCUUAUUAAAAAUUAUUUUGUUAUAUAUAUUGUAAAUGUAAAUGUUGCCGAGGGGUCUCUCUCUGCGGUAAUUUUGUUGUAAAAAUGUUAAUUUCUAAAGUUAGGAUUUUAUUAUUAUUUAAUAUUGGGGCCGUAUAGAGAGUUUGUUGGUUUUGUUUCCUAUUUGAAUACGGUCGUCCGGAAAUUCAUUCUAUGAGCUAAAUAGUGCUAACCAAAAAACAAAAAAAUUAAAUAAAUUAAAAAAAAAAACAACAAAAAAAAUUGAAAAUGAAAUCAAAGGUGCGCGCGAAAGUUUGAUAAACGCCGCAAUCAUUAUGUACCAGCGUACGCGCCGUGUAUAAUGUACAUAAGUAGUAUGUAGACAGUUCCUUGAGGUUUCUUAAAAUUUGAUUUCAAAUUCAUUCUUAUUAUUUUUGUUAAAAAUUAUUUAAAAAAAAAUCGUGUGGAAACACGUAACAAAAAAAAAACAAUGUUUAAAAGAAACCUCGUGGGAACGAUUUUUAUUUUGUGCCCAUUUUGUUUUGUUUCGCCUAUUAAAAUUUUUGUUUUCAUUAUUCAAGCUCAUUAUUCAAAUAUUUUUAAAAUUUUCUGGUUAAUACACUCAAUCUAGGCUUUUAGGUUACAAGCUGAAUUUCUGGAUUUCUGUCUCACUUUGACGAGCAAUGAAUUUUUCCCAUUUAUUUGGAAAAUUGAUUACUAUUUCUUCUAGGAAUAUAAAGUUUUAUUCAAAUGACAGUUUGAAUAAGAAGAAAUGUUGUUGUUUUUUAGAGAAAAUUAAUUAAACUAAUUAUUUUAACAUUGUUAAUCAGCAAAUUAGAAAAAAAUUAAUUGACAUAAAUUUCAUAACUUCAAGGCAUUUGAAUUAAUUUUUCAUUUUAAUCUAGAACUUUAAAGUGUAUAUUCAGUUUUUCUAGAGGCUGAAAAAUAUGAAAAUGAAACUGAAUAAAGAAAAGCGUAAUUUAUUCGAUUUUUUUUAGUAAAUAUCAAUUUUCGUCAAGUUUAAAGUAUUUUAUGUUUUUUAUUAUUUUUUUACCCUAUUCUGAUGAUUUUUUUAGCAGACUGUAUAUAUAAUUAGAUGAAUCUUAAUUGGUACACUCAGUUUUUUAAUAAAAUUUUCUAUUUGACUUCUGCGGGGUUAAUUAAAGGAUGGUUUCUUUACCCUAACUUUGAAACACCCUGUGGAAUAAUUUCGUUGUGAUGUUAAAAUGUUAAAAAUUGAAAUGUGAAAAAAUGAUUAAAAAUGUUAAAAAGCAACGAUCGGAAAUUGGUUUUAAUUAACAAUGAUAAUAAAAACAGACAUCAAAAAACAUCCAAACUGUAACCUAAGUAUGCAAAUAACAAAAAAAAACUCUUAAAAAAUAUCAUAAUACUUUGUAUUGCCUCCCUUGGCUGCUAUAACUGCUUAUACACAUCUGUUAUGCUGUCAUGGGGUUGCAACUAGCAUCUUGAGGGAUGUUUUGCCAUUCCUCUUCAAGAGCCAAGCGCAAUUCAGUUUUUUUAAAGCCGGUGCUACUUCGCGACCUCUAAUCCUCUUACCGAACAUGCCCCAAACUUGUUCUAUAAGAGUAAGAUCUGGCGAACACGCUGGCCAGUCCGUUUUGUUGAUAUCAACUUCUUGUAGGUAUUGCGUGACACAGCAUAUAUCGAGAAAAGGGUACUACGUAAUUCGCUAAUAUCUCCUCAAUAUAUCGAUGUGCAGUCAAUAAACACCAAUUCAAUAUGAGGUUCUCAAAACUAAGUAUAUGAAUUAAAAAUCAUAUAAUAAUAUACAGUAUGCUGAAAAAAUCAUCAACAUAGGGCUAAACGUUUAAAAAAAAAUUUAAAUUUGUAGAAAAUUUGCUCUGUUGCAUUUUUUUUCAUCUGAGUACAUAUCUCAUAUAGGUGUCUCUUAAAUAUUUGGUUUUAUUAUGCAAUAACUAAAAAUACUUAAAAUAUUUUUACAAAUAUAAAGAUAUUGCCAAACGAAAGACUAAGCAUUAUUUUUAUUUAUUGAAAAGAGUAUUGGAUAAAUGAUGCAUCUUUCAUGUUUUCACAUUCUCUUAAUCUCGAACUGUGGUUUUCGAUCACUCUCCAAGGCAUUGCUCGAGGAAUAGCGUUGAUUUCAUCUGUUAUUUCUUGCUUCAGUUCUUACAAAUUUCGUGACGAUGGAGUAUAUAAUUUACUCUUCCCCCUCUUUUCUUAUGAGGUAUCCCCCAUAAGAAAAAAUCUGCUGGUAUUAAAUCGGGACAUCUCGGUGGCCAGUUAAUGUCUCCUCUGACUGAUGACCCUCCUUGGGAACAACUGAUAAAGAGCAUCCAAGAAAUUAUUCGUGACAUGAGAAAUCUCUCAUUUUUGCUGGAAAAACGUGUUUCUAUUGUAGCCACCAGGGUUCGCAGAAGCUAAAAAGGUCCUAAUCUAGUGGCAAUAGGGUCUGAUGUUACAGUUUGAGUUUGGCCACGAUUGUCUUUAAAAAAAUACGGACCAUCGCAGCCCAGACGAUAACUUUAGGCGAGUAUAAUUGCGCCUCAUUAAGAUUUUGUGGAUUCUCCUCUAACCAAUAUCGGCAGUUCUGUUCAUUAACAUUAGCCGUUAAUGUGAAAAUUCGAUUCAUCAGAAAACCAUAUGAUGUUGCAAUUGUUCAAACUCUCUCUCAUUUUUCUACAGAACGCUAAUCGAUUAGCGGGAUAUUGAACUUUUAAUUGUUGUGUAACAAUAAUCCUGUGUGGGCGAAAAUGCAAAUCGUUGCGAAUAAUGCGAUGAACAGUUGACUUAUGCAAAGUUAGAGACGCCCGACGCGCCUUCACCUUGGGCGUCAAGACGGUUUAUUAAUUAAUAUUCCUGUUUCCAGUGCUCUUGAACUUCCUUACCCAAUAUGUCUAAUUUUUGCUAUAUUAUAAUGAUUUCUGUACAAACGACGUACAAGGACAUAAGAAUCAUUGUUUUUUUUUUAACUCACGAAAACAAAGAGCACGUUAUGUCCCUGUAAAACGCUACAUCGCAACUAAAAUUUAACAAUGUUGCCAAACGUUUGUCAACUCUCUCGUUUCUCCGGAACAUGCGUAUUCUACCAGCGGCCUGACUUAAAAACGAAAAUAUUUCUGAGGGACCCUAUACUAAAUAUUGAAAAUAGGAAGCAAAUAAAAUUAUUCAUGUAUUCAAAGAAAUAUGAACUCAAUGAUUAUUACUUAUACCCAGCAAAACAGGUAACUAUUUAUGGAUUUCUUAAAGCAAUAUAGAUUCCAUUUUCUUUGUCAAAAACUGAUAUUUUCAGAUUAACAAAUAUAUAUUUUUAUCUUUUUCUUGUUAUUUAAAUCCAGUUUCCUUUAAGGUAAUUUUCUAUUUUAAUGAUUUGCCUAAAAAUAUGCUACUAAUUUACGUGUUUAUUUAAUUCUUUAACAAUUUUCUACUCAUUAAAUUUUGUUAUCAUAAGAAAUCGGCUGGUAAUAAAUUGAUACGCGGAAAAAUCCAGAUUUCUGUCUAGAUUGAGUGGAAUACUUCAAUAUCAUGUUAUAAUAUUUUGUUAAUUUUUUUUUUUUUUAGUAGAGACAUCACUUUUAUCUCUAGUCCUCACCCGUUUUUGUUGUUUUAUGAAAGUUUUUUUUUGUUAUAUUUAUAAUAAAUACAACAUAUUUAGGUCUGCCGCACUAAAAAAAAAGUAUAGCCCAAAAAGGCUAUAAGUUAUCUUUAAACACACUGUAAAAAAUGUGCAACUUAAACAGGCGGACCUACAUUAGCGUUUUUACAGUUAGUGUUUAUUAUAUUUUUUCUUUAUAUAUUAUCGAUCAUCAGGCCAAUACGCCGAAAAGAAAAUUAAAUAAUAAUAAUGCGUUUGAUGGUUUAGUUUUACAUCCGUAUUCUAUGUUCUUUUGUGACCGCAUAAGGAAGUUUCUGUGCGUUGCCGCUGUUGUACAGUUUACAGAUAAAAAAAAUCAAAUAAAAAAAAUAAUAAAAAUUAUUUAAAAAAAAAUAAUACAAAAAAUGUCUAUAUAGCUUUAGGUUAUCUUUGCCCUAAAUAAUUACAAAACAUUCGAUCAGCGAUGGGCAGCUAAAAUUAAAUUGUCAUUGAAAAAAAAUGAAAAAAGAAAAAAAAAUAAUAAAAAGUAAAAAAAAGUUUGAAUGUGUGUGCAUGUACGUUUCGUUGGAGUAAGUGGGUGUUUGUAAAAUAGAUUUUUUUUCUAAGAUUAUUGAGCGUCCGUCGAUAUAUUUUUACGACUGAUUGAACGAUCAUUUGACGGACGUUCAACCGAUUAGUUUAUAAUAAAAAGUUCACUAAUAUAUUUUUUUAUCAAUGGAAAUAAACAGGGUGUGCCUGGCAAUUCAGGAAUUUAGUCAAAAUAAAUGCCCUAGAAGGGCAUAGAGGUUCGUUCACAAAAAAAAACUUAAGAAAUGAGUCUGAUCCGCCUUAUUACACAAGUUUUAAUCUAAAAAACUUAAGGGAUGGAUAAAAGUUUAACAUAAGACGUUCUUUAUUGGCACAUCCUGUAUAUAGCGUGUGUACACAGGCUUUUUACAAAGCUUAAGCUAUUGGUCCAUUAUGGGAUGGGGUCACACAUGACCUUAUUGGAAAAUCCUGUAAAUAAAGUGUUUACACAAAGUUCUAUCUCGGAAAUCUAAGGAAUUGGUCAAAAUUUGACCAUUAAACCCUCCUUAUUGAGAUAUCCUGUAUAUAGAGUAUCUACACGAGUUAAAGUCUAGAAAACUUAAGGAACUGGUCCAAAUUUGACCAUAACAUUAACUUUAUUGGGACAUCCUGUAAAUAGAGUGUUUACGCGCGUUUAAAUUUAGAAAGUUUAGGGAAAUGGUCAAAGCUUGACCAUAAAACUUAAUUUUCGUGGACAUCCUAUGUAUAGAACGUGUACACAAGUUUUAAUCUAGAAAACUAUUGGUCAAAAUUUGACCAUUAGACCCACUUUAUAGGAAAGUUCUGUAGUGUCUGUUUACACGAGUUUCAAUCUAGAAAAUUUAAGAUCAUCCACCUUAUUAGGACAUCCUGUAUGUAUAGAAAGUCUUUACAUAAGUUUAUAUCUAGAAAACUUAAAAAAAUUGGUCCCACUUUGACCAUUAGACCCACCUUAUUUGAACAUCCUGUUUAUAGGGUGCUCACAAGAUUUUAAAUCUAGAAAAAUUAAGAAAUAUGUUCAAGUGUGACCAUUAGACGAUUUUUAUGGGAUAUCCUGUAUAUGUAAAUAGUAAAUGCUUACAUGAGUUUAAAUCCAGAAAACCUAAGGAAUUGGUCAAAAUUUAAUGAUUAUACUCCCCCUUAUUGGGACAUCCUGUAUAUAGACCGUGUUUACACGAGUUGGAAUCUAGGAAACUUUAGAAAUAUUGACAAUACUCACAACUUCAUUUUUUCAUCCAGCUGCUAAUGGAAAUAUUUACAAUAAAUUAUGUUUAAAUGAAUAAAUAAAUAUGGUGAUGCACACCCUGUAUUAACUUCUAAUGCCUUGGGUAAAUAUAUAUUUAUUUCUCCUAUUGUAAAUCUGUUGUUAGUGAACUUUCUUUUAUUUAAAUUUAAACUAUUAUUAGUUGUAAAAAAAUAUAUUCCUCUUAAAUAAAUACGAAUAUUAUACAGUGCGUAUGGCAUGCAACUAAAAAUCUAGCUAACAUUAGUAAAUCCGUUAACACUGGGAAAUUUCGAUCGCCCAUAGCACUGUUUAACACCUGUAUAUUAAUCGAAUAUAUUAUUUUAUUUUCUAACCUUAGUAUUAAGCCAUAUGACUUUAGGUGGAUAAAUUUGUAAUUUUACCGCAUAAGCCUUAAAUUUUGUAUCACAUUUACAAGAUGUGCAUAUUUUAGUUGAGCCAUAACCAAACGUUUAGUUAUUUUCCUUUAUGACAAAUAACUGUAAAAGUUAAGCCGAAUAAUUACAUCUUACCGGUAAUUCAAUAGAGUAAAUUCAAAUCAAGUAAAACUUUUGGUUGUGGUUAUUUGUAAGAACGAGAUCGAUUCUUAAUUUGAAAUGUAAAGGCGAAUUUUCUCAUAAUAUGUUCAACAUAUUUUUUCUAUAGAGUUACUUUGUUGGAACCAGUACGAUAUGACGAUAAGCUAUUUCUCUUAAAAUGUUUGGAUAUCUAAAUGUUUAAGAAAUAGUUUAAUUGCUUGUAUUUACUGGAUAACUAUCAAUAUAUGCCUUAACUUAGCCUUGUCACGAGGUAAAAGUAAACCUUAAGAUAAUUUAAUUGUGAUCUGUUUCGUAUGCAGAGAACUCUUUUGGAUUUUUAGUUAUAUUAUGUAAAAAUCGUAAUGAUAAAUACAUCAGAAAAGAAA